GCUCAAACAGGGUCUUCGAGGCCUUCUUUGGCAAAGAAAACUUCAAAUCCUGAUCUUGGAUUCUCCUUAUUCAAAUUUCAGAUGAAGUCCUGAAGACUCCCCUUGCCGUUGUUUUACCGCAAUCAGAUUGGCUAAAGUAUAUCUGUGUGAUCUUCUACUUAUGAAGUCCUCUACGGACCUUUUACUAAACUCCUUGAAGGUGUUGAUUAAACAGGGUUCCAACCUAGAAAACCAUAUUGUGGCUGCCUCAUAUGGGGUUUGAAGGAAUAGUCGAUGCAAAUUACAUCAGAGGCUCCCUAGAUUAGCAUUGUGGAGAGGAAAACUUUGCAGGUGAUCCCAAGGAUCUUUAGUUCCGUCUUAUAUCAAAAAGUGUUGUAGAUUCUUCUAGAACUGGUGGUCCAACAUGUUGUCUCAGUAGUGAAACACAUCAGAGCUCUACCAUUCUUCAGAGAAGCAAAUGGAUCUUAAAGAUGAUAUAAGGGCCACAGUUACUAAGCCAUUCUCCAUAAGGCAGUAUGUUCUUCAGGCUCGUCAAAAGGAUAUCUCUAAUAAUUGGCCAUUUCCAGAUGAAUAUUUGAAAGUCUGUUUGAAGCAUGGUGUCAGCGGAGUGCUCCCACCUUUUGAGCCUUGUGAUACAAUUAGGAAUUUAUGCCAUAAAAAAGAUGUUGGCCAGAAUUCUGCAACAAAGGAAAAUUCAGAUGUUGGCUUCAUUGAUCAGCAUUCUACAUGGAAUUAUGGAAUAGAAGACAAUCUAGAAGUUGCAGGUAGUGCAUAUAUGGAUGCAGCAAUGUUUGAAGUUUCCAAGAAAGUGAGCCAUUUAUCUAUUAAUUGCAAUAAACUCGAGCAUGGAGAAGGCCAAGGUCUGGGCUCUAAUUGUGUUAAACAUCUUUUGGUUUCAAAAGAUAACACCUCAAACUCCAAUCCAAGUCUGAAUCACCAUCGUGACCAAAUUGUUGUGGCACUGCCUUCCAAGGCAUUCAGAAACAAAAAACAGAAGCAUAAAGGGAAACCGAAGAAACGGUUAUUGGUGGAUAUUUUGGCUGAAGCAAAGCCUUGCAUUUUCAAGGAUAAUCAUGGGCUUAAAGAAUCAAAUUGGGCUAUGGAUCCAGGUAUCAUGGCACAUGGUCGUGUUUGUAAUUCCAUAAAAACAGUAAAUUUUAAAGAUGAAGGAAAAGAAAGUCGGGUUAGUAUUCAGCAUGAUUGCAAACCUAUACUCAAAGGGGGAAUUCAGAAUGCCAAACACCCAAGAGAUGACAAUGCAGGCAGUGGCAAUUUCUUUGUAAAAAGAAGACGUGUAGUGAAGCUUAGCCUCAAUGGGAGUAAAUCGAAAUUAUGUGACAGAGUAAUUAUUCCUCCUGGAACAGUUGAAAGGGAUUGGUAUUCAGUAGGAAGUGAAAAUUUUUUGAAUGAAAGAAAGAAAAAGAUCAAAGUUAAGUAUGAUUCUGAACCAAAGUCAUAUGAGUUGUACACAAGAUAUGGUAGUGCAGGCGACAGAAACUUAUCAGCAAAGAAGAAACAAAAAUUGAAGGUCUAUCUUAAGGGAUGCAAAUUUAAGUCGCAAUCCAUGUAGAGUUGAAUCACAGAAUAGGG